AUGCAGGAGCCUCCCAGCUUCCCCAGCGUCAGCAUCCCCUGUCACGACGAGCAGAGGGACAAUAAAAAACGUUACACCGUUUACAAAGUGAUAGUGAGUGUUGGGCAGCAUGACUGGUUUGUCUUCAGGCGGUAUGCAGAAUUUGAUAAACUGUACAGUAUAUUACGAAGACAGUUCCCAACUAUGAAUUUAAAGAUUCCUGCAAAAAGAAUAUUUGGGGACAACUUUGACCCAGAGUUCAUCCGACAGAGACGAGCUGGUUUGCACGAGUUCAUCAAGAAAAUAGUCACAAAUCCAAAGCUUUGUGAACAGCCCGAUGUAAAGACUUUCCUUCUGAUGGACAGAUUAAAGCGAUUCUCCUAUGGUUCAGAGGAUGAAGACGAUAAGCACAACUCUACGUCGAGAAACAUUAACCUGGGACCGUCUGGAAAUCCACAAGCGAAACCAACAGACUUUGACUUUUUAAAAGUCAUAGGGAAAGGGAGUUUUGGUAAGGUUUUUCUUGCAAAAAGGAAACAUGAUGAAAAGUAUUAUGCAGUUAAAGUGUUACAGAAAAAAGUAAUUCUUAACCGAAAAGAACAAAAGCACAUCAUGGCAGAGCGCAACGUACUGCUGAAGAAUGUCAAACACCCUUUCCUGGUGGGGCUCCAUUAUUCCUUUCAGACCGCGGACAAGUUAUACUUUGUGUUGGAUUUCAUCAACGGAGGAGAACUUUUCUUUCAUCUACAAAAGGAGAGGACUUUUCCAGAACCCAGGGCGAGAUUUUACAUCGCUGAGAUGGCAAGUGCACUGGGAUAUCUGCACGCCAUCAACAUUGUGUACAGAGACUUGAAGCCAGAAAACAUUCUUCUAGAUCAUGAAGGGCAUAUCGUUUUGACCGACUUUGGAUUGUGCAAAGAGGGCAUUUCUCAAACCGAUACAACCAUGACAUUUUGUGGAACACCUGAGUACUUGGCUCCUGAAGUCUUGAGAAAGCAAGCAUACGACAACACCGUAGACUGGUGGUGUUUGGGCUCCGUCCUGUAUGAGAUGCUUUAUGGCCUGCCUCCGUUCUACAGCCGGGACACUCACGAAAUGUACGACAACAUCCUGCACAAGCCUUUGGUGAUGCGUUCAGGGGCCUCCCACUCAGCCUGGGCUCUUCUGCAGGGCCUGUUGGAAAAAGAUAAUGCCCUCAGACUGGGGUGCAAGGAGGAUUUUAAUGAAAUUAAGGACCACGACUUCUUCAUUAGUAUUGACUGGGAUGACCUGGAACAAAAGAAGAUUCCUCCUCCAUUUACACCUAAUGUGAGCAGCCCUGCCGACAUCUCAAACUUUGACACAGAAUUCACAGAUGAAAUGGUCCCAAACUCAAUCUGUUGGUCUCAAGACCAUUCCAAAGUGAAUGCCAGUGUUAUGGAAGCAGACGAUGCCUUUGUGGGUUUCUCGUAUGCUCCACCAUCAGAUGACGCUUUCUUAUGA